GAUAGAACGUUCCGGUGCGCCUUCACCACACGUCCAUUCACUAGCAGGGUGAGGUCGCAGAAGCUGUUCUUGCGUUUUUGAUCAAAAAGUUUCGACAACGCCGACGUUGACAGCUCCUCCGUAGUGAAAUUCAUCACGACGCAAGACGAUUGCCGCGUGAAAUGGACGACGAGGGCGAGGAGCAGCAGUACUGUCUGCGAUGGAACAAUUUCCAGGCGAAUAUUACAUCACAGUUUGAGGCUUUGCGCGACGACGAAGACUUCACCGAUGUAAGCAUUGUCUGUGAAGGCCGGAGUAUUAAAGCACAUCGCGUUGUGCUCUCCGCAUGUAGUCCACUCUUUAAGGAAAUGUUUAAGAAUAACCCAUGUUCACAUCCGAUAAUCUUCAUGCGUGAUGUAGAUGCACGUAGCGUUUCGUCUUUACUGGAAUUCAUGUAUGCCGGCGAAGUUAAUGUUGCGCAGGCGCAUCUUAGUAAUUUCUUGCGUACUGCUGAAUCACUUAAAAUUCGUGGUCUUACAGACCCACAUACUGAUGCUCUUCCAAAGAAACAGAACUUAUCAAAAUGUACAAGUACAACCAACAGUGAAGUAGCUUUGCCUAUGUCUGUGGAUAGGCAACCCAAUACUCAACCAUGUAAACAAAUUACACAAUCAACAAGACAAGAAACAGACAGACAGACAAGACUGAAACAAACGAAUACUGAGCCAAUCGAUCCCGAAAACAACAACGAAACGCUAGUUAAUAUUAGUCAUAAUAAUAACAAUACUAUUAUUGAACUAGAAGAAGUACCAGAGGAAGAUAUUACUAUGAAACAAAUGAAAAUCGAGUUGCCGGAGUUCUCGGAGUACUUUAGUGAUGUGGAGGAGGAUCAUGAAGGACAUGUAGCGGAGAUUACUGCUUUGACUGAAGUAGAGCAAUUGGAGACUUUAGAAAUACCACUGUCUUCCGGAAAUAAUUACAAAACACAUUCCGAACAUGGUUUUGUAUCAGCAAGAUCCGCUAGAAUUGCAAGCAGAGCGUGCCGCAUGCGCAAUUGGACAGAUUUCACCGAUGAUGACCGAAUGCUAUCCGACAAUCACAUUGUAAAACUGGCUGACGGCGUUGAAGUGCAUGCCGCAGCUCUGCGUUCUGUAAAGUGGAGUGACUAUCGCAAGUUGACACGGGGUUUAGCUACAAUUCUAUUCAGACCAGAGGAACUCGCGAGCUGCUCAGUCACCGGACAAAGAUGGAGUCGGGCCGGCACCACCAGUCGUCCUGUUAAACCAGCGCUGGAUCGUGCCAAAGUCCAAGCAAUCAUAUCAUAUGUUGCAUCGAGAUUUCCGAUGGUUGAGAUCAGUAGAAUCAAGCAAGUUCUUGCAUAUAAGUGCAAGGAGAACUCCACUGCAUUCAAGAUGAAGGCAGUGCGAUAUUUUUCGGAUCAAAUUAGAGAUGGUAAGGCAAAAUAAAACUGUGUACUGCCAAAAUGUCACCGGAAAUCACAGUUAUGAGAUGUGGUUUUAAAUCUGUGCCAAAAAUCUUCCUCAAGGUGUCAAAUGAUUAUGCAGUAAUUAAAGAAUAAAUAUUUGUUGUUUAUAAAGGAAUUAUCGUAAAUCACACUUUAGUUUCUUCCGCCUCGAUGCUUCCAUAUGCACUGCCAUUUAUAAAGGGAAACAGAAAUUUUACGUUGGAGAUAAUAUCGGUAGAUAAAAUUAGGAGAUACGAGUUCACCGGCAUUAAUGAAUUCUAAUUAGUGAUUGAGAUAAGUAUUCUAAUCAAGUGGGAAACAAAUAGAACUAAAUAUACUGACAAACAUCAUAUUUUGGGAAUGACAAUGGAGAGCAUUUAAACUCAAAAUUCCAGUAUAAUCAAUAUGAUUGAUUUUUGAACUUUUUCGUUGAUUUCUCUAGUUGCUUGCAAUAAUGAUGUUGUCAAACCUGUAGUACUUACAGAAUGCGAUAAUUUCGAUCACUAGCGUAGUAAAAAGUACGGUAUGCAUGUAUUGUGUAUUUAGAUGUAUUAUCGACCAGUUUAAAUUUUAAUUGUAGUGCGCACGUGAUUCUAGCAUACUAUCGUAUUGCCACAGCAUGCACCUCUCGGGGCCCCUAUAUAUUAAUUUAUACACAUAUCGCAGCUAUUUUUCUCGUAAUAUCAGAAAAAUCGGCUUAGACAAAUUUAUUUAGUCAGUUAUACACAUCUACGCGUAAUAUUAUCAAAGUAUGCAGCAGCACUCAUCUGUUUGCUCUUCAUUCUGUUGAUUUGUUGAUUUUCUCUUCGAUUUUGUAAAUUUCCUUGGGCCAUUGUUGCUAAACUUCUGAUAAUGACCGCCACCACUUUUACCAUAGCUUUUGCCACGCUGUUGAUGUCCUGGUUGUGUCUGCGUAUUUUUCUUGCUUUUCGGCGUCUUCCCUGCUUGCAUUUGUUCAUCCAUACACUUUUUUAUCUGCUGCUCAGUCAAAGCCUGUUGAACAUGAUGCAUUGCAGCCGGCAUGUUGUUGUUCGCAACAAGCUCCUGGAUGAUCAACUUUCUAUCUUUUUGCGGUUUUGGAUUAGAUGACAUGUUUAACACUUAACUUAAAACCGAAUUUAAAUAUACAUUUAGAGUGCAAACACUGCGCGCACGUUUCAAUGGCGUUCUACCAGUUCUCUCGUUAUUUAUCAGCAAUUUAACAGAAAUCAGUAUUGACCUUGUGCGUGGUUCGUUUUCCAUAUUAUCCGAACAAUAGCAAUGCGGUCAUAAACAGCAAGGGAAAACCUCAAUGACAUAUGAAGCGAUUUAUUUCAAAACAGCUUAACCAGAUUCAUAAAAUCAAAUACAUCUUUCAAAUUACGAAAUAUAGAGUGUGUAUAGAUAUAAACUUUAUUAUAUAGUAAAAUUAGUUAGAUCUU